CUUUAUUUAAGUACAUAUAAAACUUGUUUCACAUAUUUAAUGGGUAUAAAUGUUCGCAAACAUUGAGUUAUAAAUAAUGUGAAAUACAGUGUAGUAUUCAAUGUAAACAUUAGUUUUAAAAUAAAUGACAUUUCAAUUGAUUUGAUAUUGUGGUCACAGUGUUGACGAGGAAGGGAUCCACAAAUGGCUGAAAUACAAUACAACGACUCAGAUCUAGCAAAGAAAACCAAGAAAACCUGUGAGAAGAUAUCUGAAAAUAUGUAUAUCUUAGGCAAUGAGCCAUCGCUGGCCUGCUUUAGGAUUCAAGAGCACUGUCACAAGUCUGUACCACAACUCAUGGAUAAAAUGAAUGAUAUGAAGAAAUUACAGAACCGAUUAAAAGGCAAUUUCUUUGACUUGGAGUACUCUAUCGGUGCUCUAAAGUCGAUGUCUGGAACCGAAUGUCACUUUCAGAAUAUCCAGGAAUUGCUUAAGAACUCUGUUUUUUUGAAACAACAGAUUGAUUACGAAGAGAAUGUCAAACAGAGAGUUGCGGCCAAAACUGGCGCUUCGGCCACAUCUUCGGCACAAAAUAUAAACAGUCCUUUUAAUAGACAUCCGUUUCAACGUUUUUCCGGAUCAUUUGAUUUGCCGACAUCUCUAUUGCCCGCAUCUUUAGCAUCGGUCACAUCGAGUGCCAGCGCUGAUCUCAAAGACUUAAGAACUGUUAUCAAUCAGUUCACAUCAAACACACCGACUGUGGUUAAGAGGACGAGAACCGGUUCCCUUUCGUCCACACAAACUAAACGUCACUCAGAAAUACCUCAACCAACAGAUUAUGAGUCAACACAAGAGUCACAUCCAGAAACCAAAGAACAGAAAACUAAUGAUUAGUAUUAUAAUUAGUGAUUUGAAAAUGUUGUAUAUUUUUGUUAUUUUCUUAUUUGUUUAUAAUUUAUUUAU